AUGGAACUUGGCGGGAAGGCGUCUGCCAUUGUCCUGGAAGAUGCUGAUAUCGAACUCGCUGCACGGGAGUGCGCCCGCGGUGCCUUCGCUAACUCCGGCCAAGCCUGCAUGAGCACAGAGAGGAUACUCGUUUCCAACAAGAUCAUCGAACCCUUUCGUCAAGCCUUUCUGAAAGAGGUCAACGCAUGGGAUUCUGGCCAUGGUGAAUCUUGCAUCCUGAUUCAACAUGCAGCGGUGGAAAGAAACAGGCGAUUGGCUAGGAGUGCGGAGGAGUUUGGGGCUACAUUAUUAGCUGGCAAUCCGCAUGCCCCGGAAGCUCUGCCUAGCCUAGGACAGGAGUCGAAGCUACGCCUAAGGCCAGCUGUCAUCGAUUGUGUUGAUAAAAGGAUGGAUGUUUACUACGAGGAAAGCUUCGGCCCAACUGUCUCACUCUAUCAGAUUAAAUCGGAUGACGAAGCUAUCAGACUAGCUAACGAUACGGAGUACGGGCUAUCCUCCGCGAUCUUCACGACUAAUCUCAGUCGAGGCCUCAAUUUGGCUAGUCAGAUAGACACUGGCGCGGUACAUAUCAACAGCAUUACUGUGCAUGAUGAAGCUUCUCUAGCUCAUGGUGGUCAGAAGAACAGUGGCUGGGGUAGGUUCAAUGCUGAAUGGGGUAUCAAUGAAUUUUUGCAGCCGAAGGUUGUUACUUACGCGGAGUGCGCUUGA